AUGGUAGGGGCUGGAUUUCUUAAUUUACACACUCUUCACAGCAAUUGCACUUAGAAGUACACUUAAUAUUUCUCUUUUGGCAUUCACAAUAGCGUUUUGAGCAACUAUGUAAUAAGAUUAAUGAAGAUCACUUUUAUUUUCUACAAUUGCAUCCAUUAAACUCAAUUGAAGACACUUAAGAGAGAGUAGAUUUUGGUUAUUUGUUUGAACAAUUAUAACAUUCACAAUUUAAUUUACAUUCUUAAUUAUUGGCACUGCAGACACAAUAGUUUUGAAUGCAUUUAGAUCUACGACACUUGCAAUAGAUACUAGAUGUUCUAGAAACUUAUAAUAAUUCAUGAUCAUUUGUUUUGAUCAACUUGUUAAUAAUUUCAUUUUUAUGAUUAAGUUCUAUAGAAUUUAGAAGACCCA